AUGUACAAACGUAUGUUUCUUGUGUUGCUGUUAGUCAGCCUGUCGUUGGAAUUUAAGACUUCAGUUAAAACAUAAAUAACUCCAUUGGAAACUAUUUUAGGAAUUGAUCCUUCUGGAUGGACAUGUGAAAGUCCAUCAUACAAGGAGUAACUGGGAGCUGAGCAUGACAUUGAAUAAUGGAUUGAUAUAGUAAAGCAUAAAGAUGGUUUUGAUGGUGAUUUGCAAGUAUUGGCAAUGGUUAAGGCACUUGUGGACAAAGUAUUAGCUUCUGUACAUCAUAUUUCUGGAAAUACUUUUGUACAAGUGAAACAUAUUCACCAUUAAUUGUCUAAACAAUUUAAAAAGUUAUCAGAAAUUGAGUCAUUAUCAUCCUGGUAUGAUAUCAAUGAUAUAUUGGGUUAUGUUGAAGUAUUAAAUAAAGCGAAAACUGACGAAGAUAAAAUACAAUUGGCCACUAUGAUUGCAUCCAAGAUCUCAGAACUCAUUCAAUAAAUCACUGAGAUUUAAUUGUAAUUGAAUUCCAUACCAGUCGAAAUAGAUGAUUUGUAUGAAUUAUCAACUCGAGUUAAUCAAAAAACCUCUGCAUGUAAGGAUGUCUGGGCACCAUUUUUGGAAGCAGAUGCUAAGGCCGAAGAAGAAGUCAAGAGAGCUGAACAAGAAUAAGAAGCAGCAAGGUUGUAGGCAGAGGCCGAAGCAAAGUAAUAAGCUGAAUAAGCAGAAGAAGAGGAAAGAAGAAAACAAGAAGAAGCAAGGGAGUUGGAAGAGUUGAAAAACAGAGUAGAACUUACACCAGAGGAGGCAGAAGCAUUAGAUAAGGAGGCUCAGCAUGAAUUAGAAUUAGCUGAGGAAGCUGAGAUUGAAGCAAAGAAGGAGGUGGAUGAGGCUAAAGCUGCUGAAAAUUAAGCAUAAUUAGAGGCUGAGAAAGAAGAAAAGGAGGCUGAAGAAGCUGCAUAAAGAGCAGAAGCUGCUGAAUAGGCUUUGUAAGAGGCCUAAAAGGCUGAAGAAGAAGCAUGUGUAGAUGCAGAGGAGGCUGAACGAAGGUUGAAGGCUGCUUAAGAAGCUGCAGAAGAGGCUAAGAGAAAAUUAGAAGAAGCAGAGAGAUUGGCAGAAGAGGCUAGAAAAACUAAGGAAUGUCAAGAUGAACCACCUCUUGAUGAACCAGUACAUGAAGAAUUUUAUGAAGAGGAAUUUGAAUUAAUAUCAGAGGAAGAAGGUUGUACUGAUGAAGCUUUGGAAGACUUGAUUGAUACUCUUAUUGAUGCAGCAACUUAACCAAGUGCUUAUUAACCUGGAUGUGGAUAUCCUGGAUGUCAAGAAUAACCAAUUAUUAUUGUGGUUGAAGAUGAUGAGGAUGAACCAUAACCAUAACCUAAACCAGAGCCAUAACCUGAACCACAACCUGAACCAAAAGAAGAGGAAGAAGUUAUUGUUGAAGAAGAAAUUGAGACUGAACCAACACCUGAUGACAAUAAAACAUUUGAAGAAGAAUAGUAGGUUGAAGAGACAGUAGAAGAAAUUGUUGAAGAGAUUGUAGAGGAAAUUUUUGAGGAAAUAGUAGAGGAAAUUGUCGAAGAGAUUCCAGAAGAAGAAGAUGAUGAUUUUGGUAGAUUAGAAUAUCCAGUUGAUCCUCCUGAGGAGAUACAAUAUUUAAUCUAUAAAUCAGAUGAUAAACAUGUAAACUCUCAUACUCAAGAAUCAUCAAAAUGGGAAGUAGAAGUCAAUCAUGGACCUGAAACCAGAAUCAAGGGAUCCACAGAAUAUAGUUAUGGAUUAUGGACAUAUUUCAGAUAUAAUGGAGCUACAAAAAUUUCAGAGAAGAAAGAAGUUCUAGCAGUUGGAGGUUUAAGUGGAGAUGGUUCAAGUCGAUUAGUCACACUCAUCGGAGAAGGAUUUUAUAACUUUUAAGUAUUUGAUGGAGACUCUGUGACAUAAUAGUAAAUAGAUUAUGGAAAAUAUUUGGAUGCUGAAUGGAUCUAUGUUUACUUUGGAUACAAAGAAGGCAAAGCAAAUGGUUAUGUCUAUUGGGCAAGGACUUAAGUGAUCAAAAGUGUGACAUUUACUGUGACAUAUCAAAAAAUAGUCAAUACUAUCAAGUUUUCAUCAGGAUGGUGGACUGGUUACAAAGCCUUCAAUGGAAUCAUAACUAAUAUUAGAGUUGUUUUGAAUAAAGACUCCUUUAUUGAAGAUGAUAUUAUUAUGAAGAAUGCUAUAGAAACUGAAUAUCCUGUUCCAAGUGAAACAGAUUUAGAGUAUUUGGAAAACAAAUAUUAUGAUAAGGUUGAAUAUGAAGGAUUAAUCACUGAACCCAAAUUCCAUUGGGAUUUGGAUAGACACAGAGAAUAUUCAUUUUCUACUUGGUUCAGAUAUGUUAGAAGAACAGAUAAAGCUGAUUAAUUGAUAUUCAGAUUGACAUCCAAUGAACCUGAUUCUGGAGAAGUAGCCCAUGGAGACAAUGUGUUAUCUUUAUGGUAAACUGAUGCAAUUGACUAUCAAUUCAAAACAUAUACAGUUGAGAAUUAGGAUAAGUUCAGCAACAUCGUAGAAACUGUUAAAAUCAAUCAGGAAUCAUAAUAAUUAUGGACCUAUGCAUAUUUUGGAUACAACAAUGAAGAUUUGGAAUUCUAUAUUGAAUGGCCAGAUAGUUCAGCAACUAAAUCAUUUAAAGGUUGGCAUGUUGUGGCCAAAUAUUGGGCUUUGUACUUAGGUUAGGACUUUAAGUACAGUUUCCAUGGCAAAACUGCCUAUUCAACCUUAAGAUUUGGAAAAGGGUCAUGGGGUGUUCCAACAGAAUUUGAAGAGUACAAAGUUGGUAAGAGUAAGUUAUGGCCAGGAGUACAAAUGAAAACUUAUGAGUCUAAAUGGUUGACACAUACUAAGGAAUCUGAAUAUGAUAGUUUAUUACAUGAGGAACCAGAAUGGGUUACUGAUGGUGUCUAUGAAUAUGGAUUUGGAAUGUGGACUAAAUUCUUCAUUACAAAUCCCUCACGUAUUUAUGAAAAGCCAGAUCGUAUCUUGAUUGCUAGAUUGGGUUUUAGUGAUAAUGAUUAGGCUGAAUUUGCUGUUUAUAUAGGCAGAGGUGACUACGAAUUUUGGGCUGGAUCAAUGAGACCUGUUUCCUACACUAAGAAUUUGGAUGGAUAUUGGAAUUAUAUUUAUUUCAGCUAUUCGAAAUUAUAAUAAAUUGCAGUUGGUUAUGUGAACUUCAACACAUUGUAAUAAAUACAAAGAACUAAAUUUGAGCCAUUUGAUGCUGAUCCUGCUAAUAAUUAUGCUCGUUUUUAUGUUGGAAAUUGGAAGAACAAUUAAUAUGGAUUUAAUGGUAGAAUGGCAUCAGCUGUAAUUCGUAUGGGAAGAGGCUCAUUUAUUUAUGAAAUAGAGUAAUACUAAACAUGGAUGGAACCUUAUUCAGUACCAGUUGAUGAAGAAUUGGGAACUAAAGAUUAUGAGAUAUAAGGAGCAGACAAUAAAGAUGCCGAAUCUUAUGAUACAUUCCUGUAUGAUCAUUAAGCAACUGAAACUCAACAAUAUUCAGUUUAUGGAUGGUUUAAAUAUUAUGGUGAUCUGUCUAAUAGUGAAGCUUAAACAAUUAUCAGACUAACCAAUAAUGAAGUUGGUCAUUUGAGUGAUGCUUCCAUAUUAGGAGAUAGAACAUUGACUGCCAUCUAAUAAGGAGGUAAUAUGAUAUUUGGCACAUAUGACAUUGGAUUUAUUGAUAAGGAUUACGAAGUCAAUAGACAGACAGAAGUUGAUCUUGGAGAAUAUAGAGGAAUUUGGAUGUACAUCUGGGUAGGAUAUUCUAGAUUUGAUUAACAGACAGGAUGGUUCUUGGGAUUCCCAGAUAUUAGUAAAGGUGGAGUUAUUAAAAAGACUCUCCACUUUUCACCAAAGUAUCUAGCAGUAUAUUUCGGAAAGGAUGGCAUCAACAAGAACUUUAUUGGUAAAUCAAGACAUGUUCAUGCUUGUUAUGGUACAACCUAAUGUUGGCAUUUUGUUAAUAAGGUAGAAGCAGAGGAGAAUUUGCCAGCAUGGAUCCCAUAUAAAUUGAAUAAUAAAUUUGAAUUCUUUGUUGAAAAAGAUCAAGAUGCUCUAAUUGUGGCCAAGGAUGGCAAUGCAGCAAUUGAUGUAGAGUUUACUGAGACCAAUUUCCCAGGUUCUGAUAUCGAAGCCAUUUAUGAAUAUGGUAUAGGAUUAUGGACAAGAUGGUUGAUGAAUUAUCCAUUCAUUUUGUUAGAGAAAGCUGAUUCACAUUCAAUCUUUAGAUUUACUACUAAUGCAUAAUAUGAGGAUGCUUAAUAAAAUGGUGAUAGAACUGUAUCAGCCUUUGUUGGAAGAGGAGAAUAUAAGUUUAGUACAUAUGAUGCUGUCCUUGAUAAGAAUGAUAUAAGUAUAGGUAGCAAGUUUGAUAAAGAGUUGGAAGGAUAUUGGAAUUUCGUUUAUUUCUGCUAUAAAAGAAUUCCCACUAAUCCUAAAGCAAUAGGAUAUGUGUUCUUGUCGAAUGCCAAUGUAGUAAAGAGAGUGGAAAUAGAUAAUGCUAAGCACUGGUUACUAAGAAAUUAUGCUAGAUUAGUAGUUGGCAAGAAAGAGUUUGGUCAUUCUGCAUUCCAAGGAAAAUUGUUUGAUCCUAGAGUCUUCUUAGGUAAAGGCAGUUACAUUGAGACUAGUGAAGACCUUAUUAAUGGUUUGAUUCCAAAGUUUAGAGCAUUCCCUCCUUAUAAGGAAAAGUAGGAUAAUGAGCCUGUUCAAGUGGAGAAAACUAAGAUUACUGCAAGAGUAUUCAAAUAGUAUGAGGAGAAAUACAGUGGUGUAUUUGAGUACAGUGUAUAUGGAUUUGCUAAAGGGAAUAAAUUAAGGAAUGUCACAGACUGGACUACUCUAGUAAGAGUCACACAAAAUACACCAGAUAUUUAGAAGGACAACGAGAAUGCUGGAGACAGAACUCUUUCAAUAUUCGCUGACAAAGGCAAAUGGAUCUAUAGUACUUAUGAUUACGGGGAUAUUGAAGUUGCUGAUGACGACGAUGGAGCAAUCAUCCACUAAUUUGAUAUGAAUAAACAAUGGGGCAAAUGGACAUAUUUCUAUUUUGGCUAUUCAUUUAAAUUGAAAUAGGCAUAUGCCUACAUCAGAUUCAUUGAUUAAACUGAAAAUUCAUUCUUGUUCGAAGAGGUUUACCACUUUGUUCCUAAUUAUUUGAGUGUGUUCUUCGCAGAAGAUGGCUAUGGAAAGAUGUUCGAUGGUGAAGCCUUUGAUUGGUAUUUGGGCAUUGGAGAUGGAGCAUUUACAACCACACCAGAUCCUAGACAAUGGCCAGUUGAUCCUGCCCCACCUCCUGAUAGAAUUCUAUCGGCACUUUUAGCAAAUCAAGGUUUCAAUUCAGGAAGAAUAGUAAAAGCUUAAACAUUCUUAUAAUUGGAAGGUACUAUAAAUUUAGUUGAGAUCAAACAAGAUGAAUGA